CGUCCCAGGAGCUGCCAGGCAACUUUUCCCUGCCCUCACCCCGGCGGGCGAGAGAAGCUCUCAGGACGGCUUCUGGAGUCCGUGUUCUGGAGUCCCUCCGCAAACCGAGAGCAGCUACCGUCCCCCCGCAGGCUCAGGAUGCGUCCAGGACGGACAGGGGGCGCGCCGUUGCGGCUGGUGUUAGUGCUCAGUCAAGGCAUUUUAAAUUGUUGUAUGGCAUACAAUGUUGGUCUCCUAGAAGCAAAGAUAUUUUCCGGUCCUUCAAGUGAACAGUUUGGCUAUGCAGUGCAGCAGUUUAUAAAUCCAAAAGGCAACUGGUUACUAGUUGGUUCACCUUGGAGUGGCUUUCCUGAGAACCGAAUGGGAGAUGUGUAUAAAUGUCCUGUUGAUCUGUCCAAUGCUACAUGUGAAAAGCUAAAUUUGGAAACUGCCACAAGCAUUCCCAAUGUUACUGAAAUGAAAACCAACAUGAGCCUUGGCUUGACUCUCACAAGGAACAUGGGCACUGGAGGAUUUCUCACGUGUGGGCCCCUGUGGGCACAGCAGUGUGGAAGUCAAUAUUACACAACUGGGGUUUGUUCUGACGUCAGUCCCGAUUUUCAGCUCUUGACCAGCUUUGCACCUGCAGUUCAGACCUGCCCUUCCCUCAUAGAUGUUGUGGUUGUGUGUGAUGAAUCAAACAGUAUUUAUCCCUGGGAUGCAGUAAAGAAUUUUUUGGAAAAAUUUGUCCAAGGCCUGGAUAUAGGCCCCAAAAAAACACAGGUGGGGUUAAUUCAGUAUGCCAACAAUCCUAGAGUUGUAUUUAACCUGAACACUUUCAAAACCAAAGCUGAAAUGAUUGAAGCAACAUCCCAGACAUACCAGUAUGGUGGAGACCUCACAAAUACAUUCAAAGCAAUUCAAUAUGCAAAAGAUUCUGCUUAUGCAGCAGCGGCUGGAGGACGACCGGGUGCCACCAAAGUAAUGGUGGUUGUAACUGAUGGUGAAUCGCAUGACGGUUCAAUGUUGAAAGCCGUGAUUGAUCAAUGCAACAAUGACAAUAUACUGAGGUUUGGCAUAGCAGUUCUUGGGUACUUAAACAGAAAUGCCCUUGAUACUAAAAAUUUAAUAAAAGAAAUUAAAGCAAUUGCCAGUAUUCCAACAGAAAGAUAUUUUUUCAACGUGUCUGAUGAAGCAGCUCUACUAGAAAAGGCUGGGACACUAGGAGAACAAAUUUUUAGCAUUGAAGGUACUGUUCAAGGAGGAGACAACUUCCAGAUGGAAAUGUCACAAGUGGGAAUCAGCGCAGAUUACUCUCCUCAGAACGAUAUUCUGAUGCUGGGUGCAGUAGGAGCUUAUGCCUGGAGCGGGACUGUUGUCCAGCAGACAUCUCAUGGACAUUUGAUCUUUCCUAACCAAGCCUUUGACCAAAUUCUGCAAGAUAAAAAUCACAGUUCGUAUUUAGGUUACUCUGUGGCUGCAAUUUCUACUGAAAAAGACCUCCAUUUUGUUGCUGGUGCUCCUCGGGCAAAUUAUACCGGCCAGAUCGUGCUCUACAGUGUUAAUGAGAAUGGCAAUGUCACAGUUAUUCAGGCUCACCGAGGUGACCAGAACUGCAGAGCUGCUUCAUGUGGUAACGUUACCUGCUGGAUGAAAGACCUUCAGGUCAAAGGAGAGUACUUCCUUAAUGUAUCAACCAGAAUUUGGAACGGGACUUUUGCAGCCUCAACUUUCCAGACCGUACAGCUGACCGCAUCUGCAGAAAUCAACACCUAUAACCCUCAGAUAUAUGUGAUCGAAGAAAACACAGUCACGAUUCCCAUCACGAUAAUGAAACCCCAUGAGAAAGCUGAAGUUCCAACUGGAGUUAUAGUAGGAAGUGUAAUUGCUGGAAUCCUUUUGCUAUUAGCUCUGGUUGCAGUUUUAUGGAAGCUCGGCUUCUUCAAAAGAAAAUAUGAAAAAAUGUCCAAAAAUGCAGAUGAGAUUGACGAGACCACGGAACUCAGCAGCUGAGCCCCCCCCGCCCCAGUCUCCUGGCAGCAUGCAGCCUGGGUCUGCAAUUUGCAUGAAUGGAUUUUUUUUUUUUUUUAAAUCUGUGUUUUAUGUGUAAUAGGUAAACUAGCCUGAUAUUUUACAAAAACUGCAGGUCAGUUUGGAAAGAAGAAAUUGGGGCGGGGGGGUGGCUAGGAGUAUAAAGGGUAAAAGACUUAUUUUAUAUGGGAGGAAAAGUGGUAUCUUUCCAUUGGCUGGUCCAGAGUUUACAUUAUGUGCGUUGUGUCAGAAAAAUGAAAUGCUUACAAACAUGAGAAGUCUUAAAGAAAAAUACAACCUUUCUCAGAUUGGAGGGGGAACCCCAAUCAUUGAAAAUGAUUGUUUUUAAACAGUAACAACAAAAGUGGAAGGACUUCACAUAGAUACAGAAUUAGCUUGGCUAUUGAUGUUGAUGGGGAGAAAACAACACAGGUUUUCAACUUAUGCUGCUCAUCCAAAGCUGCCACAGAAGUUAAAGUGAUAAUUUUCUUAAUAAAGUAGGGUAAAAUUUGCUGUUGUCAGCCUGCAGCUGCCUUCUCAGUCCCUUGUUUGCUAGGAUGUACUUAUCAAAACACGCCUGGAUACCUGGUAGGAGCCCAGAGUAUGCUUUCUGGAGAAAAAACUUCCAUUUAAGGGUGGAGAGGGGGUAGUAAUUUAGAGGCCAAAGCACAAAACUUUGUUUAAAAUCCAUAAUAUCACAACGUUUAUGGUAAAAUCCUAUCUGCUAGAGGCCCAGCCUAUGCUACAGGAAGUAGGAAGUUGCCUUUCUCCUUCAGGAUGCCCAACUUGCUAACUUGACUGGCUGGCAGGGACCUAGUUUGAAUUUUCAGAAGAUGAGUAAUUUCUUUGGCAUCCUUCCUCCUUCCGGACCAAGCCACUCUCCCACCUCCUGGUGCCCCCAUCUUCUAGAAGCUCCCUGAGGCACACCUUCCUAUCCAGUCAUCCAGAGUUAACCACCUUCCCUUGGCCCUUGGCCCAGUCUCCCAUUCCUUGGGGGCAGCUGCUCCCCUCAUACCUCCAGGUAUGAGGACGAAAAAUCAUCUCACAUACUUAUGUGAAUAAUCUCCUUAACUCCAGGGAGCUAUUUUCAUUUAUUGGUAAACAAGUAAGAAAAAUAAGCCAGAGUGAAUUUCUAAUUGUUGGAAUUUCAGGCAGUUAAAAAAAAAACAAAAAAACAAAACACGGGAAUUUGCAAGAAACUACAAGGAGAUAUUGGAAACCACCAAAUUAGCAGUUAUACCCUCUGGGUUUGUGUGUUGCUGGAGGACUUAAGCUUCCAGAAGAAUGACUCCCACCUGGGCAAGUUUGAUCCCUAGGUAGCCUGUUGGUCCCAACUCCUGAGACAUUUAUUUGGUCAGACAGGGAUGAAACCCAUUAGUCUGUUUUCUAACGAGCAUCCCAGUCACUGAUGUAAAUGAACUGUCUUGGCGAUACACCACCCAUUUCUCCUUCUGCACUUUGUUUCUGAGCCCACACAUUCUCCAGGAGGGACUGGGAGAAAGGCAAAGGGACUAUAUACACUGCAGUGUCUGCAUUAGAAAAUGGGAAGACUGGGUUGGAGUUCAGCAGCAAUGCUUUUAGCUUUAAAAGGCUAUGAUCUGGAUUUCUUGUAAUUACAAUCCUCCAAAAACCUGACUUUGAAAACAGGCAUAUGCCCGUGUGCAUCUGGUCCCGACUGCCCUCCUGGCCCAACUCCUGUGAGCUAUCUCAAGCUAUCUACACUGUUUAGUGAUUUAUUUUGUAUUUGACAAAGCAAAACUGGGGGGGGGGGGGAUUAGCCAUAAAAUGUCAGGGGUUUAUAGCAAAACCAUGGUAUUCUCUAGAUGUGCUAGAGCCCAAUUCUUAGUACAGCGGUGUGGACUCUGAGUCCAAAACUUCUUUGAGGGUAGAGGAAAAACAUCACUAAGUUGAUAGAGUAUUUAAUAAACCAUCUAACUACUGUACACAUAUACAUACUAGUUCUUCAGGGUGCUACACAAGGAAUUCUAGCAGGUCAUUCCUUUCUUACAGAAGCACUAAAACCCACGGUGAGUUUGGGAGCCUUGGCCAAGCCGUGGCUUAGGUAAUCUACCUUGGCAGCGUUGUCUCCAUGAAGUAGCUGGGUUACUACAAACUAAAAACUUAGCCACUUGUCUCUGUACCAUUUAUUACCCUAGGGCAGGGUUUCUCAGCCUGGGCACUACUGACGUGAGGGGCCAGGUAAUGCAUUCUUGCAGGGGACUGUCCUGUGCCUUGUAGGAUGUUUAGCAUCCCUGGCAUGGAGCAUCCUCUGCCCCAAGAUGUGACAAUCAAAAAAUAUCUCCAGACAUUGUAUCAUGCCUCCUGGGAGGCAAAAUCACCCCAAUUGAGAACCCCAAUACACUAAGAGCAAGUGGCCUAAUAUAAAUACACAACUUCCAUCAUCAGAUCAAAAUUUGAGGCAGGGCUCUAGUAUUUCUCAAGCACUUUUAAGCAAAGGCGAGGAUUUAUCCAAGAAAUUAAAACAAAACCCAGUGCUUGAAAUAAACAGUUAUGUAUUCCUAUUCAGCCAUACUUUUGUUUUAAAAGUAAGUAUAAUAUGGGGCUUAAAAGAUACCAUCUUAAAGUUUCCAUUUCAUAAAUGGUAUAUAGACAAGAUCUGUAGAAUGUGAUUAAAAACAGUUGCUUUGUGCAUGGCUGCCACAUAAGCCAUUUAGAAAAUAGUAAAAUAGUUUGUGAGGAAGCUGCCUUAAGACUUGAAAUGGUGCAUCAUUCAUUUUAGCAGCAAAAGAACUCCCCAACUAGAAAGAAAUUUUUUCUAGCUGGCAGUGUUCUUUUUAUAAUAGAAGUUAUCUAUUAACUGUGAAAUGAAAACUAAAACCAAUUUAUCAUAAUCACACAAGUGAUUAUACUAAAAGCUAUUGUAAAGGUAUAAUUUUAUAAUGUAUUUAUCUAUUCUGAUAUGCAGCUAUAAGUUAAUAUAUUAAAAAUCUCAAGACAUUAAACAGAAAGCAGGAUCCCUCAAACUGAGCACCCUGGCCCAUCUUUGGUAUUUCAGUUUGCACACAGAAAAUACCUGUACCCAUGACUUUUCGGGAUUAUGCCCCUCAUGUACAUUAAGCAUACCCAUUAUAAACAAUUUGAAAGGCUAAACAUCUAAAGGUAAAAGAUAAACAUGAGGGUAAAAUUUGAAAUAAAAAUGUUAACCACGUCUUUGAACCUUAAUGAAAAUGUAGCCAUAUGUAAAUACAAAAAGAUGGUUUCAUCUGUACUGGAUUUUGGCAAAGUCAAAAAUGUAUAUAUUGCACAACUAUGUUAGAAUUGUAUAUUUUUUAAAGAGAAACUGUCUUGGAUAUUUUCCUUCAUGUAAAGUAUAAAUCUUUAAGAUGUAAUUAACUGGUUUUUGCCUUUUUUCUCUCCACAAAAAAUAUAAAAAUGUAUGCAUGUUCAUCUAAUUGUACAAUUCAUUUCUGAGAAACAAAUCGAAUUGGAAAAGUAAUCAACAUUCAUAUGAGAAAAACUCAAAUGUGAGAAUCAAGCAAAAGUGUUAUUUAACUGUAAACACUCUUUAUACCACAUUAUUAUAAUUAAAAUAGCUUUGAAAAUAAA